GACCUAUACCACCAAUCAAUGGAAAAAUUCCACAUUUUUUUACUUGCUACCAUAUAAUAGAUCUACCGUCAAGAGUAGAUAGAUACCGUAGAUAGUUAGUUAGGGAAUCAAUUAUUAAAUAGACCAAGGCAAGAUUAAGAAUCAUGAAUCAAGAUAGCAAACACAAUCGACUUGUUGACUAUCUAGUGCUGGUUGGACCAAAGAAGAAAAGAACAUUUGAUGUAUCCCAUGCUUAUCCAACCAGGAGCUAUGAUCAAUGCUCUACAGCCCCACCAGUGAUCCUCAAUCGUUUCCCCUCUGCCGACCACCCUGACUUUGAGCUAGCAUACGAUGUUUCAUACUUUUGCCAGCCUGAGGGCAGUAACUCACAUAGUGAGGAGACAAAGACUCAUCUCUUCAUGCUCACAUACACGGAAACCAAUCGAAAGACAUAUGGCAUGUGUCUCUCCUUCCCCCACUUGUUUGAUCCACCAUCGGCUGUGGACAACAGUGACUGUACAGACAGCCUGUGCAUUCAAGAGUGGGGCACCCUCUCUGUGUGUCUCCUGUCAAGGCAUCCAUUCUUCAAGUUCUUCAGCCGGUGUCUGACAACCUUGUCUCAUUUCGUGCAAGAUUUCAGUGAAUCUGAACCCCUAUGGAAAGAGCUUCUAAACCACAAGUCAGCCACCAUUAACUUCUCCCACCCCAUGAGCCGUAGGCGACGUAUUCUCAAUGAAAUCGUUGGUUGGAUAAAGCAGCUGCUCUUAUUGGAAGCUCCCGAGCCUGGCAGUUCCCUCGAGGUGGAGCUCGAAGUCGACCCUGCAGUGAUUCUAGCAUAUCCCUCAGCCCAUAGGCUGCCUCUGUUUGAGCUGCCCGUGCAUCGAAUGUUCACGAUAUUGGAUGUGUGUACAGUGAUCGAGAUCUUCAAGUUGGUCCUUUCAGAACAUAAGGUGAUAGUGCACUCAAGUGACAGCUCGUUUGUGUCCGAGUGUGUCCUGACGAUACUCGCCCUCCUCUACCCCGUCCAGUACCUGUAUCCCCUCGUCCCCCUACUUCCCACGUCCAUGCCCACAGCCGAGAAUCUGUUGAUGGUACCGACUCCAUUCUUCAUUGGUGUCUGCUCCAGCUUCCUCCGCAAUGUUCACGAGGUGCACGUGGCUGAGGUCUGGCUCAUCAAUCUGGAUACAAAGGAGAUUAAGCCACCCACGUUUCUGGACCAGCCAGUACUGGAAUUCCCCUACAGCAUACUACAGCUGCAAGCAGAAGUGAGACAGGCUAUGGACAAGCUGGAUGUGGUUACACCCACUGAAAAUCAUGUGAUUGGGCCGACUGUAACGUCCACCCCUACCAUCCUCUCCCAAACAGUGUUAAAGCUAGCCACGGGGAGGGGGACCCCAUCCCAAAAACCACCCCCUGCAGAGGACGGCUACAGAAGACAUUUGGAGAACGAGGUGGAUGUGAUGAUUCGAGUAGCCUUUGUCGAGUUUUUUUUCAACGUGGAUAUUUUAGGACUCAUCGAUCAGCACCUCUGCAUUUACAGACUCUUUCCUCGUCCUGUGGUGGCCAUUAGAAAGUCAGCUUUCCUGUCUGCCUACGAAAGAAUUAACUCAGCUGCAGAUGUAGGCUUCAUGAGGGAUCUGAUGUCCACACAGGGAGUGGAGUACUUCUUUGAGUGGUCACUCAAUCCUCCCAAUUCAGCAUAUGAGGAGAUCAGGAGAGGAGUUCAAGAAGUGAAUAGAGUGAGUGACAAGCAGUGCCACUACAUACUCAAACAAGCCUACAAGACAAAGCAGGUCUGCCUCUAUCAAUCGUCACCCGACUCCCUCCUCUACCGAGAGAUGCUCACCUUCAAGGCCACUCACUCCAGCCCACACACGACCACCGGGCUCCAGUUGCCCGAUGAUGACUCGGACAGUGAGUAUAUGACUGGAGGGGGAGAGCAUUACGAUGGGGACAGUGAGAGCUCUUAUUUCACUGAAGAAGACAAGGACAGGGAGAGCUCUUCAUCACCGUUUCAGAUUCUCAAAGGGGCCGUAGUGUCUGACAAACCUGAUGAUAUGCUGGAUGAUGUAGAGGUGGGCUAUUACUCAACCAGGAGGGUGUCGUCACCCAGUGAAGACAUGCCAACAAUCAAUCAAUCUUCAACUCAACUUCUCCCACAAACUGGCCAGAAACUGCAGCGGCCCAAGAGUAUGGUAACUGCAGAAAUAGAGCCCACACCCACGCUGGACCUCAAUCGCAAGUCACUAAGUUUUGGAAACUUGUCGCUAACGGAUACGGAACAUUCCGGCGUGUUGAGUCACCUUGGCAACCAGAGCACUACGUAUCUCACUAGCACCGAGUACCUCACAGCCCACCAGUUUGACACUGACACGGGGAGGGCAAGUAUAUUCUCAGUCUCCACGAGUGAGGAAGAGACGGAGGACUUCUCUCCCAAUGAGGGGCAUGGUUUUAGGAGCAAUGAGGGGCAUGGUCUUAGGAACAAUGAGGGGCGUGGUCUCAGGAAUGGCGCUCACACGCCUUCUGAUUCAAGCACAUCCCCAGAGCACAGACACUAUACAACACCUGGAUUAACAUUACCACAGCAACUGUCGUCCCCCUUUGGAGAUGACGGUGGGCAUGGUCAAGUGUCUCGGACAAUUCUUGCCAUGUCAGCACUCAACAACUCGAAGACAAUGGACAACCAGAUAGUAGAGAUUGUCUCCAAGGUGGUGGGAGGUAGUGGUAUCUCCUGGCCCAAGCCUGCCUCUCUCAAGAGACUCUCAGCGUACGAGAAAACUCGAGUUCUGAUUCUACGUCAUUUGGAGGAGAGACUGGGGGUCCGUACCAGCAACGAUGUUGUCCUGGCAACCAAUGCUCAGAUCACACCAGUCGGUGUUUCCAGAGCCGUGUAUCGUGGUGUACUGGACCUCCUUAAGUACCUACUCCAUUCUGUUGAGGAGGACUUCACUAAGGAGCCGGAGAGUCCUCUCUUCUCUGCCUUCAUUAUCUUCAGACUGGCCUUCUCUGUCUACCACGAGCCAAAGACUAAGUCGACUCUUGGAUUCUCUCUUAGGAGUGCCCUCAGUAUCAGCACGUCACUAAUGGCCACCCAAACACCCAAGCCAUUGUCUACAGGCAGCUCUUCCUCUCAGGUCCCCAAGCCACUGUCUCCAGACACCUCCUCUCAGGUCCCCAAGCCACUGUCUCCAGACACCUCCUCUCAGGUCCCCAAGCCACUGUCUCCAGACACCUCUCCCUCUCAGGUAACAGCUAAUAAGGUUCUUGGUGACACAAUCAGGGACCACCCUAAUGCAGAGAAGACGUACACAAGCUCAGAACUGGCCUCUAAACAAAGCCGCUUCUCCACCAUAGCGGCUCAAGAUGAGCUCUUGAAUCAGCUGAUCAACAGUCCGAGGUUCUAUCACCCUAGGGAGGGUCAAGACGUGAGGUCGUUCAGUUUCCUCUACAAGGAGUUGUUGAAGGGCCAGGGCAACUCGAGACCUUUCGUUGUGAAGAAGACUUUCUGGAGCAAUGUGUUCAUGAGCACCAUCGACGCUGACAGAGGCUACAUGGGCUGGAAUGAACGCACUCCAGACUUGUAUAAUAGAUACAAUACAUUGCCUGAGGUGCAUCGACGGACGUUUGGCUCUGAGGAGGACCACCUGCUGAGCAUCAUAGCACACAAUCUGCUGGUCUACAUGCUCAUGGUGGGGCUAAGCUCUCGAGAGACAAUGUCACUCAUCAACGACUUCACUGCUCGAAUUCGACUGGCCACUUUUGAAGAGAGACUGCUACAGCAGACCAUCAGAUAUCUCGAGGACAAUACUUCCAGUGAGAUUGAACUAAGUCACCUCAGCCUGGUGGCCCUCUACAGCGAGAUACACCCCACGAUCUCCCACAUUGUACACUACGGUAUAAACAUGAUUGCUCCUGUCUACAAACUGCAGAUCACAAAUGAGGCUUUGAUCCUGAGACGGUUCCCAGAUGAGAGGAUAUCGGCUAGACUCUGGAAUGACCGAAUCACACACAUUGAGAGGAAUGAGGGGAGGGCUACUGUCAGUGUGCACUAUUGCAACUCUUACGGAGAGUUUAUACAUCACUUCCACACUAAACAGUAUGAAAAGGUGUUCGAGUCUCUUAAUGCCCUGGUCAAGACACAAGCUAAAUGCUCUGGUCCAGACACAAGCUAACUAGACUUUACACCAUGCAACUGUUAUAGGAGAUUGAACUUGUCAACUUUAUUUUCUUUUCUUAAUUUUUUAUUGCAAACAACAAUCAUUAUUAUACACACAGUACAUGAAAUCAAAUACACAGUACAUGAAAUCAACAAACAAGCUAUAUAA